UAUUGACGUCAUUAGAUGCAUGCACAGUAUUUCGUGGUAGCUAACAAUAACAAAGUUCAGUUUUUUUUAGUUAGCACGUUCCCUAUUAAUCUAUCUAGCUGAGUUAGAUCAAAAUGAGUUUAGCAUUUAGCAAAGAGCCCCGUAAGACGGCGGGGAACCGCAUGUCGAAGUUAUUGGAUGCUGAAGAAGAUGAAUUCUACAAGACCACCUACGGCGGAUUCAACGAUGUAAGUAGGUAACUUAGCUUGCUGCAGUAGCUAACUGUCUUGGUAGCCAAAGAUGGAGCCUACCGUCGUUACUCAUUAAGUAGGCUGGGCAAAUGACAUUUUUAGCGCUUUUUUCUGAUUCAAAUUAGUUCAUUGCAUCCGACAUGGAGCCCAAUUUCAUAAUAUUACCGCAUGUCCCAGCAGCUUGUCAUAGUUUUGAAGUAAUCAUGAAAAAUACAGGCCUCAUUUUAGGGAAUUUUUCACCCUACCAGCUCCUAUUAGUUCUGUUGAGUUACUAAAACAGCUGUAUUGUUAGAUCCGUAUAAUAUAUUGUUGUUCCGUGAACAUAUUUGAAUGGCAGAGAAGUAGACUAAUGUCAAUAUGCUCUAACUUUUUGUCUUAAGUUGUUGGGAAAGUGGUCAAAGUAGCUGAUUUGUGUCAAAAGUUGCAUUGUUGCAUUUAUAGGUAAUGGAAUGUUGGAAGGGAUGACGUCUCAAUGGGGCCUUUUAGAAUCUUGAGGAAAUGCCAUGAAAGUGAAUGAAGGACAAAGUUUAAUAGUUUUAGAUGUAUAGAAGAUAUCAAAAAGUUGUAUACAAGUACACUAUUCCAUACCAAUCUGCACGUUUUAAUGAUGUUUCUAGCUUAAAUGGUGUAGGAGGAGUAGCAUUCCAAAUAAUAAUAAUAAGAAUGACGAAGUAUGAUGAAAAUAUAGAAUGGGACGUUUGCUUCGAAAGUCCCAUUAACAAAGAGAUUGGCUGAUUUGACUUGUUUUAUCACUGUCUUCUUUUUUUAAACAUCCUAUGAUUGAUUGCAGGAAUCCAUACUUGUUGAUAAAAAAUGCAUUACAGGUGGCCUUUGCUAAAACACAUAUCAGAGAUCUAAUCGAGUUCCAAACCAGAACUUUUGUCCAAUCAAAUGUUUAAUUGUUGAGAUGGAGCUUCAUGUUUGAUUGUGAUGCACGGCAGCCAUUUACAGAUCUGAUGGGAAUUUUGGUGGAGACCUCGUUCAUCAUUUAUUUUUUUUAAAAAGUAUGGAUUACAGCAACCAAUGAAAGCCCUUAAGCUACACAGGACAGAUAUGGGUAUACGUCGCUGGCUCACAUUUUCACACCAAACAAUAAUAAUACAAUUUUUAUUAUUAGAACAGACAUUCCCAUUCAAGUCAAUGUUCUGUGGGGACAGUGUUGUAGGGGCUACUGGGGACGGUGUUGUGGAGAUGGUGUUGUGGGGACUACUGACAGUAAGUGAGUCAGUGAGUGAUAUACUGCACUCUUUUGAGCUUAUUUCUACUAGCGGACGAUCAUAAAGAUGGCGGCCUACAUGCACUUAACCCAAAUGCCUUGUUUGCUAACUUUGCCGUAUUGUAGAUUGCUCUCUGCUAAUGCAGAUACAAAAACAGAGAACCAGAGUAUGAAUGGUCCCAAUUAUAGCUCCCGGCCUCCGAAAAUGUUAAGAACUUAAAAAGUAGAAUGUGUUGAUUUAUGGGUGCAUUUGUACCAUGUGGGCCGCCGUAGCAAAGAAAAAAAGACAUACAGUAAAUACAAUACUGUAUUUGGCUGUACUGCUGGUUCCCCAUUUUCAAUCGGACAUUAUUAAUAUGUAUGUUUGAUUUGGAUUCUCCCUCAAGGAAUCAGGAGAUGAUGAGUACAGAGGGGAGCACUCGGACACAGAGGACGAGGUCGACAGUGACUUUGACAUAGAUGAGGGUGACGAGCCUGAUAGUGACCUGGAGGACGAUGCUCCUCGCAGGAAGAGUCGAGUUGUCACCAAAGCGUAUAAGGUAACUUAGUGCACUUGCAUCCUCACUACUUCUACCAAACAACCUUUUGAAAUGGUUGGAAUCAGGACCACGUGUAUGUUUAGCAGACUUUGGCAAACCCACUGAUAGAACAUCUUCUUGGCACAAAACACAGGAGCAGAAGGUGCUCAAAGUUGACCCAUUUUGGAACCCCCACCCUACCAUGAGACCUCAGUAUCCUCAUGCAUGCAUAGGUUGAUUUUGGUAUCGUUUUAAAGAUAAUGGCAUUUAUGAAAAGUGAGAUUUAUCGAAGUAUGAAGUUCUGAGGUGAAUGAACUCAUGUGGGUUUUGCAUGCAUUUUUCAUACACAUACUAUAUGCACAUUUUCCAUGCACAUGUUGAUAGAUGAGUCCCAAAAUUGUUUUAUUCCAAGGAACCUCUGAAGGUGACCAAGCCUAAACCAAAGAGGCCCUCGGAGGAGCUGAAGAAGACUGAGAAAGCCAAAGUGGAGAGGAGGGCCCCGCAAGAGUUUCCGGAGUUUGAAGAGAGUAAGAGGGCUCUAUCUGUAUUUUCAGCAAAGUAACAUAUUGCCCAAACUUAAGCAGGUUUACAGUAUUGGCUAUUUUCCUACCAUAACGCAAGGAUUGGCAAUUUUCCAGUAUAACAUAAGCAAGCUGAGGUGAGAGGGCUGGCAUUACCUGAGGUGUGUCCUUGAAAAUGUGUGCUGAAGUGCCAGUUUCAGGCAGUGCAAGUGGGGAGAUUUAAGACUCACCAACGCAUCGCUUAGCGUAAAUUUAGUUGUUAAUGGAGGGUAUUUAGUCAGUGGCGCGCAGUGCCCAUGGAAAAUUGCUAAUCUCAUUGAAAAUCUCAUGUUUAAAUGGAAUUCCGUGUAAACGUCGCAAAUAUGAUGCAUGGUGGAAAGCAUACAGUAAAUUAAUAAAGAUAGCUACAUCUAGGCUAUACAGUGCAUUCGGAAAGUAUUCAGACCCCUUGACUUUUUCCACAUUUUGUUACGUUACAGCCUUAUUCUAAAAUGGUUUAAAUACAUUUUGUUCCUCAUCAAUCUACACACAAUACCCCAUAAUGACAAAGCGGAAACAUUAUUAUUAGAAAUACCUUAUUUACAUAAGUAUUCAGACCCUUUGCUAUGAGAAAUUGAGCUCAGGUGCUUCGUGUUUCCAUUGAUCAUCCUUGAGAUGUUUCUACAACUUGAUUGGAGUCCACCUGUAGUAAAUUCAAUUGAUUGGACAUGAUUUGGAAAGGCGCACACACCUGUCUAUAUAAGGUCCCACAGUUGACAGUGCAUGUCAGAGCAAAAACCAAGCCAUGAGGUCGAAGGAAUUGUCCGUAGAGCUCCGAGACAGGAUUGUGUCGAGGCACAGAUCUGGGGAACGGUACGAAAAAUGUCUGCUGCAUUGAACACAGUGGCUUCCAUCAUUCUUAAAUGGAGGAAGUUUGGAGCCACCAAGACUCUUCCUAGAGCUGGCCAAACUGAGCAAUCGGGGGAGAAGGGCCUUGGUCAGGGAGGUGACAAAGAACCCGAUGGUCAAACUGCCAGAGCUCCUGAGUUCUUCUGUGGAGAUGGGAGAACCUUCCAGAAGGACAACCAUCUCUGCAGCACUCCACCAAUCAGUCCUUUAUGAUAGCGUGUCCAGAUGGAAGCCACUCCUCAGUAAAAGGCACAUGUCAGCCCGCUUGGAGUUUACCAAAAGGCACCUAAAUGACUCUUACCAUGAGAAACAAGAUUCUCUGGUCUGAUGAAACCAAGAUGGAACUCUUUGGCCUGAAUGCCAACCGUCACGUCUGGAGGAAACCUGGCACCAUCCCUACGGUGAAGCAUGGUGAUGGCAGCAUCAUGCUGUGUGGAUGUUUAUCAGCGGCAGGGACUGGGAGACUAGUCAGGAUCGAGGGAAAUAUGAACGGAGCAAGGUACAGAGAGAUCCUUGAUGAAAACCUGCUCCAGAGCACUCAGGACCUCAGACUGGGGCGAAGGUUCACUUUCCAACAGGACAACGACCAUAAGCACACAGCCAAGGCAACGCAUUAGUGGCUUCAGGACAAGUCUGAGUGUCCUUGAGUGGCCCAGCCAGAGCCCAGACUUGAACCUAACAUCUCUGGAGAGACCUGAAAAUAGCUGUGCAGCGACGCUUCCCAGAAAACUGUGCAGCGUCAUACCCAGAAGACUCGAGGCUGUAAUCGCUGCCAAAUGUGUUUCAACAAAGUACUGAGUAAAAUGUCUGAAUACUUGUGAAAUUCCUGGUAUUUUUUUGUACAUUUGCACAAAUUUCUAAAACCUAUUUUUUUUACUUUGUCAUUAUGGGGUAUUGUGUGUAGAUUGGUGAGGAAAAAACAAACAAUUUUAAUCAAUUUUAGAAUAAGGUUGUAAAGUAACAAAAUGUGGAAAAAGUUAAGGGGUCUGAAUACUUUCCGAAUGCACUGUAUGUCUUAUUGAAAAGCCUGUUUCUGAUGACAGCAUGGUAGCGAUUGUCAUUUUGAGACCAAAUUAUAAAUAUUUAUUGGCAAACAUUUUGAGACAUAGCUAUGGGUAAUUUCGCAAAUACCAACAACAAUUGCAGUGUUUUUUUUUUGUUUUUUUUACUGUCAGAAGUUACUUAUGAAGCGAAACUACCAGCAGUCAACUCCUGGGGCUGAUACACACAUAUGCAAAUCUAUGCGCCAAUAGGAUCUCGCUAGCUCGUGCUUGGCUCUGCCCACCUCCUUGGUUGUUUUGCCCACUGCCCGCCUUGCUAAUUUGCAUAAUAACUGGAUUCAAAUUCGGGUGUCACCACCUGCACCAUAGCUUGAUCUACACAACCGAUAUCUCUGAUAUACAGGACCAGUCAAAAGUUUGGACACACCUACUCAUUCAAGGGUUUUUCUUUAUUUUUGCUAUUUUCUACAUUGUAGAAUAAUAGUGAAGACAUAAAAAUAAUGAAAUAACACAUGGCCCCGUGUAGCUCAGUUGGUAGAGCAUGGCGCUUGCAACACCUGGGUUGUGGGUUCGUUUCCCACAGGGAGCCAGUAUGAAAAAAUGUAUGCACUCACUAACUGUAAGUCGCUCUGGAUAAGAGCGUCUGCUAAAUGACUAAAAUGUUAAAAAAAAUGUAAAUGGAAUCAUGUAGUAACCAAAGAAAACAUAUAUUUUAGAUUCUUCAAAGUAGCCACCCUUUACCUUGAUGACAGCUUUGCAUACUGUUGGCAUUCUCUUAACCAGCUUCACCUGGAAUGCUUUUCCAACAGUCUUGAAGGAGUUAGCACAUAUGUUGAGUACUUGUUGGCUGCUUUUCCUUCACUCUGCGGUCCAACUCAUCCCAAACCAUCUCAAUUGGGUUGAAGUCGGGUGAUUGUGGAGCCCAGGUCAUCUGAUGCAGCACUCCAUCACACUCCUUCUUGUUCAAAUAGCCCUUACACAGCCUGGAGGUGUGUUGGGUCAUUGUCCUGUUGAAAAACAAAUGAUAGUCCCACUAAGCGCAAACCAGAUGGGAUGGCGUAUCACUGCAAAAUGCUGUGGUAGCCAUGUGCCUUGAAUUCUAAAUAAAUCACAGACGAUGUCACCAGCAAAGCACGUUCACACCUCCUCCUCCAUGCUUCACGGUGGGAACCACACAUGCGGAGAUCAUCCAUUCACCCACUCUGCUUCUCACAAAGACACAGCGGUUGGAACGAAAAAUCUCAAAUUUGGACUCAUUAGACCAAAGGACAUAUUUCCACCGGUCUAAUGUCCGUUGCUAGUGUUUCUUGGCCCAAGCAAGUCUUCUUCUUAUUGGUUUCCUUUAGUAGUGGUUUCUUUGCAGCAAUUCGACCAUGGAGGCCUGAUUCACGCAGUCUCCUCUGAACAGUUGAUGUUGAGAUGUGUCUGUUACUUGAACUCUGUGAAGCAUUUAUUUGGGCUGCAAUUUCUGAGGCUGGUAACUCUAAUGAACUUAUCCUCUGCAGCAGAGGUAUCUCUGGGUCUUCCUUUCCUGUGGCGGUCCUCAUGAAAGCCAGUUUCAUCAUAGCGCUUGAUGGUUUUUGCGACUGCACUUGAAGAAACGUUCAAAGUUCUUGAAAUUUUCCAGAUUGACUGACCUUCAUGUCUUAAAGUAAUGAUGGACUGUUGUUUCUCUUUGCUUAUUUGAGCUGUUCUUGCCAUAAUAUGGACUUGGUCUUUUACCAAAUAGGGCUAUCUUCUGUACACCACCCCUAACUUGUCACAACACAACUGAUUGGCUCAAACUCAUUAAGUGACGUAAAUGUGCCCUGCUAAAUGACGUAAAUGUGCCCUUGAGCAAGGCACUUAACCCUAAUUGCUCCUGUAAGUCGCUCUGGAUAAGAGCGUCUGCUAAAUGACUAAAAUGUAAAAUGUAAUGUAAAUGUAAAAUGUAAAUGUAAGGAAAUAAAUUCCACAAAUUAACUUUUAUGAAGGCACACCUGUUAAUUGAAAUGCAUUCCAGGUGACUACCUCAUGAAGCUGGUUGAGAUAAUGCCAAGAGUGUGCGAAGCUGUCAUCAAGGCAAAGGGUGUCUACUUUGAAGAAUCUAAAAUAUAACAUAUAUUUUGAUUUGUUUAAUACUUUUUUGGUUACUACAUGAUUCCAUAUGUGUUAUCGUUUUGAUGUCUUCAUUAUUAUUCUACAAUGUAGAAAAUAGUUUUUAAAAUGUAAGAAAAACCCUUGAAUGAGUAGGUGUGUCCAAACCUUUGACUGGUACUGUACAUCAUUUCAGCUUUCUAUGAUAGCUAUUUAACGUGGUAUCACAGUUUUUCACAUUAACAAUGUAGUAUGCUGGAGCAAGGAGUUUUAAAAAUGUAACUUUUGAAUACCCAGAACUAAUUCAUGAAAAUAUUUAAUGAGCUAUGGCAUCAAUUGACAUUGCAAGAUUUACCAUUGUGUGUGGUUUGUCACAAUGUAGCCCCGUAAGUUCAAUCAUUGUAAGAAGCAAUGAUGCUUUCCUCAGGGUAUUACAAAGCUUGUGUUAAGUGCUGUUGCCACACUUAAAGCUACUGGGAUCCAAAAAAAAAAACAACGGCUGCCCUGCCAUGUGUUUAGGUAAACUGCUGAGGGGAGUGACUAUUGAAAAAACACCUAUUGAAGUUAUACAUUGUUUACAAAUGAUGGAUUAAGAGAUGCAUAUAUUUUGGUUUAAAUGGGGUAAGACAAUUUUACUCAAAAGGAAUUUAUAAGCUAUAUUCUUCAAGAAUCAAUGGCUUUAAGAAUCAUUUAAUUUGAAGGUCCAGAAAUGGAUGGACCAAUCACAGAUUGUAGCUUUUUAAAUAAUCUCAAUAAAGGAAAGAUAAAUAAUUUUCUUUAACUAUGUGCUGUCUCUUAAUGGGAUGUCCCACUCAAAAUUCAACCUAAUGUGAUUUUUCCACUGGCACAACGCCUUACGAACACUCCAAUCAGACUUGUAUUAAAAACAAAACAAAAAAUCGGAAGAAUGGGCCUACAUUGCAUUUUUUUAAAUAGUCACAUAUGUAAUAAUUCCAAAUUUUGAUUUGGAUGUUUUGAUGCAUCACAAAAAAUGGAUCAUAAGAACACAUAGGUAGAAAGGGGACAAGGCACAAUUGGGACAAAAGACUGAUAGCAUGCAACAACUGGGUGGGACUUGUUAUGGGGGAUCACAGAAUUUCAUCCAGGAGGGAACAGCCAAUUAAUUAUACAUUUGAGUCAUUUAGCAGACACUCUUAUCCAGAGCGACUUACAGCAACAGCCUGAGCAACAGUACAGCACUACUGUGGGCAAUAAAUCAUUAAAGGGAUACUUUGGGAUGUUGGCAAUGAGUCCCUUUAUCUACUUCCCCAGAGUCAGAUGAACUUGUGGAUACCAUUUUUAGGUCUGUGUUUAAUGUGAAGGAAGUUAAGAGGUAGUUUUGUGAGCCAAUGCUAACUAGCGUUAGCGCAAUGACUGGAAGUCUAUGGGUAUCUGCUAGCAUGGUGUAACAGAAGCGAUUCAUGGCAAAGAUAGGAUGUGCGUCCUCUACCUUUUCUAACUCUGUGAUUGAACCAAUAGUGUCAAAUCUAAUGCAGACACAUAUUGGGGAAUUACCUACAGCCACGGUAAGUGGAAAAACAUGUUAAAUUGUAUUGAGUGGAACAUCCCUGUAAGCCUAGUCACUGACUGGCAACUCUUCCCCAGCUCGGAAGUCUGUGCGCCAGUCGACCAGCGAGCAUACGCGGAAGACCAACCUGCGACUGCAAGAAAGGCAGGAUGCCCCACGACGGCGGAGGGGAGCCCACCACGACCGACCCCUGGCACAGGAAGAGUUGCUGGCUGAGGCCAAAAUAACUGCUGAGAUCAACCUCCGAUCACUGGGUAAGACUUAAGGGGGAAUCUCAAUAGUCUAGAGUUGCCCUGUUAAUUCCCAAUAACGGCGACGUGGUUCAAGGUACACUAAGUUUACUGAUUCAUAACAUUACAGUCCAUAAUGGCCAUCACACAUAGGCACAGUGAAACAGUAACAAGAAACUGUAAUUGCAGGUGUUUAGACUACCUCAAUAGCAAUUAGACACAGGCACCUGAAUAUACAAGUUAACAGCUCAUGUUACCUGAUUUGAUUACAAUGGGUUCCUAUUAAUCCCUAUUACAUGAGUUGAUAUUAGUGAAGUUGGUGGGAAAUAACCUGUCUACAAAUCUAUUUAAAAUAGAGGUUCAAGGACAAAAGCAGGGAAGGAAAAUGAGAUGUCUCACAGAAUGAGACAGAUGGGAGAUUUGUCCAUGCACAGUUUAUGGGUCUCAUGCCCGUCCCAAAUAAUUAACAGAAAGAAAAGACCUAGUGUUAAAAGACAUGACACAUGGUUGUGCAUACUGAACAAUGGGACAAAAUAUGGACGUAGCUUGGCCAGGGUCACAUUAAUUGACUUUCUGUAUGUGUUUUUCUUUUAAAGAGAACUACGAGCGUCUUGAGGCCGACAAGAAAAAACGGGUCCAUAAGAAGCGGCGAUUUGAGGGCCCCACCAUCCGCUACCACUCUGUCCUCAUGCCCCUGGUGCCCAACUCCAUCUUUAAAGAGGAAAAUGUGGAUGUGGAAGGGUAAGGAGACUCAGUUUUAGGGGUGUGAGUGUUUUGUUUUCCUUUAUUGAGAAAUUGACAAAAUGUCAGUAUUGUCUCGUAAAAAAUACUGAAACUCAAUCUGGCUAGCAUUUUUGGAGAAUGUAACAAUGCUAGUGUAAACAGAUUGUUAAAAGCAUUCCAGUAACUGGAUAAAUGGUUUUAAAAUACUUUCUUCAAAAGUUUGAUGCAUUUUUAACAAUGCAUUUGAUGAAUACUUAUUUACAUGAAAGGAGUUUUCACAGGUCCAUCCGUACCCGAGGCCCUGCCUGGAACCCGAGAAACCUCGGCCAGGAGAAACUGUAAUCCAGGGUUCAGUGUUCUUUAAACAGCCACAACAAAUGUCUCAAUGAGCUCUAGCUUGGCUUCCUGAGCUUGUUAGGAACUCGCCUUUCAUCUCAUAUUAAUGUCUGUCUAUGACAAACAGAAGGUGGUUUUUGUUUCAAAUCUAUGAAUUAUUUUAGAUUAAUGGCUAUAAAUCGAUCUCUGAAUGUACUACCUGAUGAAACCAUGCUCUCAUGCUGCGCUAUGAUGUAACAAUUGCAGGCAUGUGCUUUGUCAGUGGCUGUGAUGUAGGGUUCAGCCAGGAGUUGGACAGUCAGAUGAGUGAAUGAAAUGGUAGGAGGGACAUCCCAGCUUCAAGUGGUUUCAGAUUUCACAUCCUACAUCACACAGAUUCAGAAAAAAAUACUACCGUGUCCGUGGGAACCAGGGCUCAAUGCAAGUCAUUUCGAUCUAAGGUAUCCACAGAUUGAUUUAUAAGUGGAAAUGUCGGUCAGAACCAGUACCAGAACCACGCAGGGGACCUUACAUCUAAGACGUUUUAAUGGAGGCAUUUUAAUGGUCCAUUUCUUUUUUUACAAGGUACUGCAUACCCCAUUUCCACUGAUUUUAGAACAUCAUAUUUACAGUAGUAUGAAAGGCAACUUUGCUAUCUUAAAUCAAACAAACACACGGACAGGAUUUAGGAGCUUUGUUGCUGAAAUCAAGUACUAUUUGGAUGUUUUUAUUUAACCUUUAUUUUAACAUGGAAGACAUAUUGAGACGUACAGUGGGGAGAACAAGUAUUUGAUACACUGCUGAUUUUGCAGGUUUUCUUACUUACAAAGCAUGUAGAGGUCUGUAAUUUUUAUCAUAGGUACACUUCAACUGUGAGAGAUGGAAUCUAAAACAAAAAUCCAGAAAAUCACAUUGUAUGAUUUUAAAGUAAUUAAUUUGCAUUUUAUUGCAUGACAUAUGUAUUUGAUCACCUACCAACCAGUAAGAAUUCCGGCUCUCACAAACCUGUUAGUUUUUCUAUAAGAAGCCCUCCUGUUCUCCACUCAUUACCUGUAUUAACUGCACCUGUUUGAACUCGUUACCUGUAUAAAAGACACCUGUCCACACACUCAAUCAAACAGACUCCAACCUCUCCACAAUGGCCAAGACCAGAGAGAUGUGUAAGGACAUCAGGGAUAAAAUUGUAGACCUGCACAAGGCUGGGAUGGGCUACAGGACAAUAGGCAAGCAGCAGGAAGAAGGAUGAGUACAACCCCAUGAACACCAUCCCAACCGUGAAGCAUGGAGGUGGAAACAUCAUUCUUUGGGGAUGCUUUUCUGCAAAGGGGACAGGACGACUGCACCGUAUUGAGGGGAGGAUGGAUGGGGCCAUGUAUCGCGAGAUCUUGGCCAACAACCUCCUUCCCUCAGUAAGAGCAUUGAAGAUGGGUCAUGGCUGGGUCUUCCAGCAUGACAACGACCCAAAACACACAGCCAGGGCAACUAAGGAGUGGCUCCGUAAGAAGCAUCUCAAGGUCCUGGAGUGGCCUAGCCAGUCUCCAGACCUGAACCCAAUAGAAAAUCUUUGGAGGGAGCUGAAAGUCUGUAUUGCCCAGCGACAGCCCCGAAACCUGAAGGAUCUGGAGAAGGUCUGUAUGGAGGAGUGGGCCAAAAUCCCUGCUGCAGUGUGUGCAAACCUGGUCAAGACCUACAGGAAACGUAUGAUCUCUGUAAUUGCAAACAAAGGUUUCUGUACCAAAUAUUAAGUUCUGCUUUUCUGAUGUAUCAAAUACUUAUGUCAUGCAUUAAAAUGCUAAUGAAUUACUUAAAAAUCAUACAAUGCGAUUUUCUGGAUUUUUGUUUUAGAUUCCGUCUCUCACAGUUGAAGUGUACCUAUGAUAAAAAUUACAGACCUCUACAUGCUUUGUAAGUAGGAAAACCUGCAAAAUCAGCAGUGUAUCAAAUACUUGUUCCACUGUAGGUCUCUUUUACAAAAUGUGUCCUGUAUAUACAACAUAAAUAUACACAUUAUACUAUAUAUAUAUUACACAGUACAUUUACAUCAUUUAGCAGACGCUCUUAUCCAGAGCGACUUACAAAUUGGUGCAUUCAACUUAUGAUAGCCAGUGGGACAACCACUUUUUUUUAAUAUUUUUUUUUUUAAUGGGGGGUGGGGGAAGAAGGAUUACUUUAUACUAUUCCAGGUAUUCCUUAAAGAGGUAGGGUUUCAAGUGUCUCCGGAAGGUGGUCAGUGACUUCGCUGUCGUGGGGGAGCUUGUUCCACCAUUGGGAUGCCAGAGCAGCGAAUAGCUUUGACUGGGCUGAGCGGGACCUGUGCUUCCGUAGAGGUAGGGGAGCUAGCAGGCCAGAGGUGGAUGAACGUAGUGCCCUCGUUUGGGUGUAGGGUCUGAUCAGAGCCUGAAGGUAUGGGGGUGCCGUUCCCCUCACAGCUCCGUAGGCAAGCACCAUGGUCUUGUAUUAGAUGCGAGCCUCCACUGGAAGCCAGUGGAGUGUGCGGAGGAGCGGGGUGACAUGAGUUAACUUGGGAAGGUUGAACACCAGAUGGGCUGCAGCGUUCUGGAUAAGUUGUAGGAGUUUAAUGGCACAGGCAGGGAGCCCAGCCAACAGCGAGUUGCAGUAAUCCAGACGGGAGAUGACAAGUGCCUGGAUUAGGACCUGUGCCGCUUUCUGUGUAAGGUAGGGUCGUACUCUGCGAAUGUUGUAGAGCAUGAACCUGCAGGAUCGGGUCACCGCUUUGAUGUUAGCGGAGAACGACAGGGUGUUGUCCAGGGUCGCGCCAAGGUUCUUUGCACUCUGGGAGGAGGACACAACGGAGUUGUCAACCGUGAUGGCGAGAUCAUAAUAAUAUAAUAAUAAUAAUAAUAAUAUGCCAUUUAGCAGACGCUUUUAUCCAAAGCGACUUACAGUCAUGCGUGCAUAAAUUUUUUGUGUAUGGGUGGUCCCGGGGAUCGAACCCACUACCUUGGUGUUACAAGCGCUGUGCUCUACCAGCUGAGCUACAGAGGACCACAGAGCGGGCAGUCCUUCCCCGGGAGGAAGAGCAGCUUCGUCUUGCCAAGGUUCAGCUUGAGGUGGUGAACCGACAUCCACACUGAUAUAUCUGCCAGACAGAAAGAAGAAAAUUAAUUGUGUGUCGUCUGCGUAGCAAUGAUAGGAGAGACCAUGUGAGGAUAUGACAGAGCCAAGUGACUUGGUGUAUAGAGAGAAUAGGAGAGGGCCUAGAACUGAGCCCUGGGGGACACCAGUGCUGAGAGCACGUGGUGCGGAGACAUAUUCUCGCCACGCCACCUGGUAGGAGGGACCUGUCAGGUAGGACGCAAUCCAAGAGUGAGCAACACCGGAGAUGCCCAACUCGGAGAGGGUGGAGAGGAGGAUCUGAUGGUUCACAGUAUCAAAGGCAGCGGAUAGGUCUAGAAGGAUAAGAGCAGAGAGGAGAGAGUUAGCUUUAGCAGUGCGGAGAUCCUCUGUGACACAGAGAAGAGCAGUCUCAGUUGAAUGACCAGUCUUGAAACCUGACUGGUUUGGAUCAAGAAGGUCAUUCUGAGAGCGAUAGCAGGAUAGUUGGCUAGAGACGGCACGCUCAAGAGUUUUGGAGAGAAAAGAAAGAAGGGAUACUGGUCUGUAGUUGUUGACAUCGGAGGGAUCGAGUGUAGGUUUUUUGAGGAGGGGUGCAACUCUCGCUCUCUUGAAGACGGAAGGGACAUGGCCAGCGGUCAAGGAUGAGUUGAUGAGCGAGGUGAGGUAAGGGAGAAGGUCUCCGGAAAUGGUCUGGAGAAGAGAAGAGGGGAUAGGGUCAAGCGGGCAGGUUGUUGGGCGGCCGGCCGUCACAAGUCGCAAGAUUUCAUCUGGAGAGAGAGGGGAGAAAGAAGUCAAAGCAUAGAGUAGGGCAGUGUGAGCAGGACCAGCGGUGUCAUUUGACUUAAUAAAUGAGGAUCGGAUGUCGUCAACCUUCUUUUCAAAAUGGUUGACGAAGUCAUCCACAGAGAGGGAGGGGGGAGGAGGAGGAGGAGGAGGAGGAUUCAGCAGGGAGGAGAAGGUGGCAAAGAGCUUCCUAGGGUUAGAGGCAGAGGCUUGAAAUUUAGAGUGGUAGAAAGUGUCUUUAGCAGCGGAAUCAGAGGAAGAGAAUGUAGAGAAGGGAGUGAAAAGAUGACAGUACCAGUCAAGGUUGGACACCUACUCAUUCCAGAGGUUUUCUUUAUUUUUACUAUUUUCUACAUCAAAACUAUGAAAUAACACAUAUGGAGUCAUGUAGUAACCAAAAAAGUGUUAAACAAAUCAAAAUAUAUUUUAUAUUUGAGAUUCUUCAAAUAGCCACCCUUUGCCUUGAUGACAGCUUUGCACACUCUUGGCAUUCUCUCAACCAGCUUCAUGAGGUAGUCACCUGGAAUGCAUUUCAAUUAACAGGUGUGCCUUGUAAAUUUGUGGAAUUUCUUUCCUUAAUGCGUUUCAGCCAAUCAGUUUUUGUGACAAGGUAGAGGUGGUAUACAGAAGAUAGACCUAUUUGUUAAAAUACCAAGUCCAUAUUGUGGCAAGAACAUCUCAAAUAAGCAAAGAGAAACGACAGUCCAUCAUUACUUUAAGAUAUGAAGGUCAGUCAAUCUGGAAAAUUUCUAGAACUUUGAAAGUUUCUUCAAGUGCAGUCGCAAAAAGCGCUAUGAUGAAACUGGCUCUCAUGAGGACCGCCACAGGAAAGGAAGACCCAGAUUUACCUCUGCUGCAGAGGAUAAGUUCAUUAGAAUUAACUGCACCUCAGAUUGCAGCCCAAAUAAAUGCUUCACAGAGUUCAAGUAACAGACACAUCUCAACAUCAACUGUUCAGAGGAGACUGCGUGAAUCAGGCCUCCAUGGUCGAAUUGCUGCAAAGAAACCACUACUAAAGGACACCAAUAAGAAAAAGAGACUUGCUUGGGCCAAGAAUGAGCAAUGGACAUUAGACCAGUGGAAAUCUGUCCUUUAAUCUGAUGAGUCCAAAUGUAAGAUUUUUGGUUCCAACCGUCGUGUCUUUGUGAGACGUAGAGUAGGUGAACGUAUGAUCUCCGCAUGUGUGGUUCCCACCGUGAAGCAUGGAGGAGGUGUGAUGGUAUGGGGGUGCUUUGCUGGUGACACUGAUUUAUUUAGAAUUCAAGGCACACUUUACCAGCAUGGCUACCACAACAUUCUGCACUGAUAUGCCAUCUCAUCUGUUUUGCGCUUAGUGGGACUAUCACCCAAAACACACCUCCAGGCUGUGUAAGGGCUAUUUGACCAUCAGAUGACCUGGCCUCCACAAUCAUCUGACCUCAAACCACCUAAAAUGGUUUGGGAUGAGUUGGACCGCAGAGUGAAGGAAAAGCAGCCAAACAGUGCUCAGGAUAUUGGAACUCCUUAAAGACUGUUGGAAAAGCAUUACAGGUGAUGCUGGUUGAGAGAAUGCCAAGAGUGUGCAAAGCUGUCAUCAAGACAAAGGUUGGCUACUUUGAAGAAUAUAAAAUAUAUUUUGAUUUGUUUAACAUGUUUUUGGUUACUACAUGAUUCCAUAUGUGUUAUUUCAUAGUUUUGAUGUCUUCACUAGUAUUCUACAAUGUAGAAUGCACCUAGUCAUUCAAGGGGUUUUCUUUAUUUUUACAAUAUAUAUUGAUUUAAAAUACAAGAAGUCAUGCAAUGUCUCAUUCUUAAUUAUGCCCAAGUGGCCACAGUAUAAACCUGGAGUAGAGUACAGCAUUGUUUACAAUAAAGCUAUUAUUGUCCUUUGUUAGUAGGGUGAUGGUUGCUGACAUUUUAUUACAUUUUAAUAGUAUUUGUAUUGAACCUUUAUUUAGCCAGGGAGUCUACAGUGAGGGAAUAAAAUAUUUUGUCCCACUCCUCUUUGCAGAUCUUCUCCAAGUCAUUAAGGUUUCGAGGCUGACGUUUGGCAACUCGAACCUUCAGCUCCCUCCACAGAUUUUCUAUGGGAUUAAGGUCUGGAGACUGGCUAGCCCACUCCAGGACCGUAAUGUGCUUCUUCUUGAGCCACUCCUUUGUUGCCUUGGCCAUGUGUUUUGGGUCAUGCUGGAAUACUCAUCCACGACCCAUUUUCAAUGCCCUGGCUGAGGGAAGGAGGUUCUCACCCAAGAUUUGACGGUACAUGGCCCCGUCCAUCGUCCCUUUGAUGCGGUGAAGUUGUCCUGUCCCCUUAGCAGAAAAACACCCCCAAAGCAUAAUGUUUCCACCUCCAUGUUUGACUGUGGUGAUGGUGUUCUUGGGGUCAUAGGCAGCAUUCCUCCUCCAAACACGGCGAGUUGAGUUGAUGCCAAAGAGCUCGAUUUUGAUCUGACCACAACAAUUUCACCCAGUUCUCCUCUGAAUGAUUCAGAUGUUCAUUGGCAAACUUCAGACGGGCAUGUAUAUGUGCUUUCUUGAGCAGGGGGACCUUGCGGGCGCUGCAGAAUUUCAGUCCUUCACAGCGUAGUGUGUUACCAAUUGUUUUCUUGGUGACUAUGGUCCCAGCUGCCUUGAGAUCAUUGACAAGAUCCUCCCGUGUAGUUCUGGGCUGAUUCCUCACCGUUCUCAUGAUCAUUGCAACUCCACGAGGUGAGAUCUUGCAUGGAGCCCCAGGCCGAGGGAGAUUGACAGUUAUUUUGUGUUUCUUCCAUUUGCGAAUAAUCGCACCAACUGUUGUCACCUUCUCACCAAGCUGCUUGGCGAUGGUCUUGUAGCCCAUUCCAGCCUUGUGUAGGUCUACAAUCUUGUCCCUGACAUCCCUGGAGAGCUCUUUGGUCUUGGCCAUGGUGGAGAGUUUGGAAUCUGAUUGAUUGAUUGCUUCUGUGGACAGGUGUCUUUAUACAGGUAACAAGCUGAGAUUAGGAGCACUCCCUUUAAGAGUGUGCGCCUAAUCUCAGCUCGUUACCUGUAUAAAAGACACCUGGGACCCAGAAAUCUUUCUGAUUGAGAGGGGGUCAUACUUAUUUCCCUCAUUAAAAUGCAAAUCAAUUAAUAACGUUUUUGACAUGCAUUUUUCUGGAUUUUUUUGUUGUUACUCUGUCUCUCACUGUUCAAAUAAACCUACCAUUAAAAUUAUAGACUGAUCAUUUCUUUGUCAGUGGGCAAACGUACAAAAUCAGCAGGGGAUCAAAAACUUUUUUCCCUCACUGUAUGUAGCAUUAACUAAAGUUCAUUUGUUUGUAUUUUUUUAAGGUUCGACCAGGACACACCGCAGUCCGUUGCUCCUGUGGCACCAAGUCCCAUGCCUUCCAAGCAGCCCAUGGGAGGUCUUUGCUCCCGCACUUACAUCACCUUUAGCGACGAGGAGGCUUUUGAGGCUGCCUUCCCCCAGGCAGUGCGGACUGGCUCCCAGCCCCCCACCCAGGAAGUCUGUCCUGUCACCCACAAGGCUGCACUGUACAAAGACCCAGUUACAGACAUCCCCUAUGCCAACACACAAGCCUUUUGCAUUAUUCGUGAAGCUUACCGCAAAUAUGUGGCAGCUCAUGGAUUCCCCAACUCUGCAGGGGGUUUCUCUGUGGUUGAUGCCUCAGGUGCCAGGGGUGCCCGCCAGAAAAUGGUCAAGCAGAGCACAGUUGCAACAUAG